UUGACCCCCAGCAACACAAAAGAGGAGAGGAAAAGAGGAAGAGGAGGAGGAGGAAAGAUGGAGGGAAGUGUGCAGAGGAGUCCUAGCAGAGCCGAACCGUCCAGCCCAUCUGGACGAUCGGCCCUCCCUGAGCUGCGAGUGAUUCUGCUGGGCCGCCGAGGAGCAGGCAAAAGCUCCACGGGUAACACCAUUCUAGGAGCAGCGAGGGGUUUCGAAGUGGACCGCUGGACCGAAGAAUGCACCAAACAGAGAGGGGACAUGAUGGGCCGUCGCGUUCUGGUGGUGGACACCCCCGGUUGGGAGUGGUACUACUCGGCCAACGGCACGCCAGCCUGGGUCACCCGCGAGGCCAUGCGCAGCAUGUCACUGUGCCCGCCUGGCCCGCACGCCUUCCUGCUCAUCCUGCGCUCGCGCGCCUCCGUCACGGGCGACUUUGUGCGCCAGGCCAAGCGCCACCUGGACAUGCUGGGAGCCGACGACAGCGCCUGGCAGCGCACAAUGCUGGUGGUCACCCGCGGCGAUGAACAGGGCCCCACCGACAUCUCCGGCGUGGAGACAUCGCCGCGUGCCGAGAGGGAGGCCUUCCGCGAGCUCCUGCAGCGAUGCGGGGGCAGGUGCCACGUGAUGGAGAACCGGCGCCGGGUCUCGUCCCCCGGUAACGGCGGCGGUGACGACCGGCAGCAGGUGGCUGAGCUGCUGGUGAAGCUGGAGGAGAUGGUGGCGGCGGCCGGCGGUGGUCACCUGGAGGCCCGGGCGGCGCCGCUGCUGCAGGGCCUGGAGGCCGAGGGCCGGCGGAGGGGCAGGGAGAGGAGGAAGAAGCAGCGGCAGAUGGAGGCACAGGCCCAGAGGAGCUGCAUCAGGGCGGCACUCAGCAGUGACCACCCCCCAUCUGAGGACCAGGAGGACCGGCAGUUGUUCCCCAGGGGAGGCCGGCGUCUCCCCGAGCUCCGACUGCUCCUGCUGGGGGAGCGAGAGACGGGAAAGACCUCCGCCGCCAACACGCUCCUGGGCCAACCGCUCUUCCAGGCAGGCUCAGCCACAGAGGAGAGUGGCAGGGGCCAAGCUGAUGUUGCGGGCCGCAAGCUGACCGUGGUAGACACCCCCGGCUGGGAGGGCGGACCUGAGGGGGGCACCCCGGAGAGGGUGAAGCGUGAGAUCAUUGCCGGGGUGGCACUGUGCCCACCGGGGCCCCACGCGGUGCUGGUGACGCUGCGGGUGGACGUGGUGGUAGGGGCAGCGGCGGCGUCAUGCCUGGAGGAGCAGAUGGCGUCGCUGGGUGAGGGCGUGUGGCGGCACGCCAUGCUCCUCUUCACUCGUGGCGACAAGCUGCGCCCUGGUGUGACGGCUGAGCAGCACAUCAACAGCGGCGGCCUGCACCUGCGGCAGCUAGUGGAGCGUUGCGGUAACCGUUACCAUGUUCUUAGCAAUGUUGCCCCUGCCUCGACAACAGCGACCAUACGACCGUCAAAGGAGGUGGCGGAACUGCUGGACAAGGUGGAGAGAAUGGUGGCGGGCAAUCGGUGCGAGGCCUUUUCACCACUCGUGCACGACAUCCAGCAGCUGGGCCGCAGCAAGAACGAACGCUACCACCUGAGGCUGCGGGACCUGAACGAUCGCCUGCAGCGGCAGGAGAAGGAGCUCAAGAGGCUCCGAGAGGGGGAGGUCAAGAGCCUCCGCUGGAGCAUCCUCCGGAAGAGGGAGAAGGGGAAGCACAGCCCGAGAGGAGGGGGAGGAGAAGAGGAGUCUGGGAGGGAGAGCACCCCUGAAAAGGGAGGUGAGGACCAGAGAAGCCUGAUAAGUGAGCUGGAGGACAGGAUGACAUGGCUGACGGAGGACAAGGAGAGAGAGAUCCAGGACCUGACACUGGAGAACGACCGUCUGGCUGCCGAGUUGGAGCGCGUCUUCCGAGAAAAGCAGGAGGCGACCAUGGAGGCGGAGGACAAGAGCCGGGAGGUGGACGAGCUGACGGAGAAGAUGGAGGAGCAGCAGGUGAAGACCAUGGAGCUGGAGCAACAUAACCUGGCCCUGCAGCAGCAGAAACGACAAAUGGAGUGCACAUGGAAGACAGAGACGGAGGAGUGGGCUGCGAAGCUGGAGCAGGCACAGAGAGAUGCGGACGACUUAAAGCUCAAAUGCGAUGAAGACGUCUCACAAGUGAGGAUGGAGAUGGAAAAGAGGUUGAAGGACAAAGAGAACGAGAUGAAGAGGCAACUGCUAGAAAAAGAGAGGAAAAUGGAAGAGAUUGAACAGCAGAACGCAAAGAAGGAGAUAGAGAGGGUGUCAAAGCAGAAGGAGUUGGAUGCAAAACGAGAAGAAGAAAUGACCAGACUGAAAUACAGUAUUCAGGAGAAGAUGACAGAGCUGGCAAGGCUUGAGCAACUGAAUCAGAGCAAAGAAAAGGAGAUUGAGAGAGAGAGAAAGAGAAACACCGAGAGUCUAAAAAGGCACAAAGACAUGGAAAAUGUACUCCGCGAGAAAGAAGAGGAGAUCUCUGGGCUGCAUCGCUCGCACAAGGAGCAGAGCGAAAAGAGAAGCAGAAAUGAAGAGAAAGGUGAUGAAAGAGACGGGCAGAUCAUUCUUUUGAAACAACUCAACCAAGAGAAAGAAAAAGAGGCAGAGCAAUUGCAGAAAACAGUUAAACAAAUCCAGAGAGACCUGAGUGACGCCAAGGCCGAGUUCCAGAGAAAAGAAUCCGAGAAUGGUCUGCUCGUCAAGAACAUGGAAGAGGAUCACAGAGCAAGGGAGGAGGCGCUGAAGGCAGAGAUCGAAAGAACCAAUAAGCAAAAGGAGAAGAUGAAAUCCCAGCACGAGCAGGAAACUAAACGGGCAGAGGCAGAGAAGGCGCUAGCCUUGGAGACGAAAGACGACACCAUCAGACACCUGGAAGAGGAGAAGCGAGAGGCGGAGAAACAUCUGGUGGAGGUGCGGCAACAGCUCAAAGAGAGCCAGAAGCGGUUGGAGGAUCUGCAGGAGAGGAGGCAGGAGAUGGAGGGAGAGCUCCAGCAACUCCAGCAGAAGAGCGAGGACCUCCAGAGGGACCUCCAGACCCAGAGGGCCAACCACGAGAGGAGGCAGGUCGAGCUGGAGGACCUGCUGCAGCAGAGCCGAGAGACUGUGCGAGUCAAGGAGGCCCAGCGCAUGGAGGUGGUGCAGGAGCACCGGCAUGAGGCCACGGAGCUGCGGCUGACCAACGAGACACAGCGCAGGGAGGCAGACAAGAUGCGAGAGAGGAUGGAGGGACAGGAGAGCCAGAUGAAGGAGAUGAAAGGAUUCUACGAGCAGAAGCUGGCCGAGAGGCAGGCUGAGCAGCAUCUGCAAGAAACGGAGAGAGAGCAGGACCUGAGCAGAAGGGAGAGAGAGCUCAAGAUGUCCGAACUUCAGGUCACAAAUAAGAUGAAGGAGCUGCAGAAGGAAAAAGAAGAGCUCAACCGACGGGAAGUGGAGCUGUCGGAACAAGAAAAUAACCUAAGAAAGAGAGAGGAAGACCUGGGGAAACAGGAGUGUGAGCUUGGACAACAGAAACAAAACAUAGAGCAUCUUCAAGAAAAUUAUCAACUGAAAAUCGAAGGCCUAAGGGAGAAAGAGCAAGAGAUAAAAGAGAAAGAAUCUCAACUACAAAAGCAAGAGGAAGAAAUAAAACACCUAGAACAAAAAAUGACUGGACGGGAACUCGGUGUUGAAAGCAAAGAGAGUCAGCUUGAAAAGAAAAGUGAGGAACUCGGCCUUAGAGAGAAAGACAUGGAGAACUUCCAUCUUACACUUAAGAAAAUGGAGAGUGACCUGACGGAGAAAGACCAAGCACUGAAGGUUAAAGCCCAGGAACUGGAAAAGAGAGGGAAUGAACUUGAAGCUGCAGAGGAUAAGUUGGAAAAAGGUAAUCAAGACCUAAAAUCCAGAUCAGAGCAGACACAUCGAGACUUGGAGAGAGUUCGACAGGAAUUAGAGAGGAAAAGAGAAGAAGCGGACAACAGGGAGGAAGAACUAAGAAAGACAGAUGAGGUGCUGACCAAUGAGAAGCAAGAGAUUGAGAACAGUAAACGUGAACUGAUCUCUGCCAAAGAAGAGCUGGAGAUGAAUAGAACUGAACUGCUAAGACAUGAAGAGGAGGUCAAGGAGGAAUGCCUCAAGAGAGAAGGGAAUCUGGAGAGAAGGGAGAAUGAACAGGGCAAAAAAGAGCAAGCCCUGAAACAGCUGGAAGAAAAAUGUGAAAACAUUUCCCAGGAACUGGAUAAUAAGCAUCAGGACCUUACUGAGAAAGGAAAGAGACUACAGGAAAAAGAACAAGAGCUCUUAAGCCAGGAACAUCGACUGAGUUGUGCAGAACAAGACCUUUCAGAUAAAGAAAAACAACUGGAGAAUAAACUUCAUGAAUCUAGGAUGAAAGAAGAGGAUGUGGAAAAACAAGCUUUGAUUCUGGAGAAAAAAGAAGCUGAACUUCAAGAGAAAGAACUCUACUUCAGAAAUCAAGCGGAUGAACUGGAGAACCAGAGGCUAAACAUUGAUAAAAAGGAAAGUGAACUUCAGAAAAGGGAACUAGAGCUCCAAGAAAGGGAAGAAUCGCUUGUGAGUAGGGAGAAGGAAAUUGAAGGAUGUCAAGUUGCACUAGAGAAGAGCUUACAAGAGCUGGAGAGCAAAAAAGAAGACAUAGUGAGACAGGAGGGCCUCCGUGAGCAUGAGCUUAACAACAAAGAAUAUGAACUAGAACAAAGAACCAAUGAGCUAGAACAUAGAGAACAGGAACUCUUUACAAUUGAAGAAAUUCUUAAAAGUAAGAUGCAGGAGGUAAAUGCAAUGGCUAAGAGACUGGAGGAAGGCAGACAAGAACUAACAGACAUCAUUCAAAGAGAGGAGAAUCUCGAGAAGAGAGUUGUUGACAUUGAAAACAAAACAGAUUGGCAUACAGGAACAGCAUCUACUGAAGAAAGAACAAUUGCAAAACCUCGAGGAAAGGGGUGGAGGAUGACGGAAAAAGAACUAGAGCUACAAAACCUAGAAAAACAACUGAGCAGCAGAGAAGACCUCAUCAGCAUUAAAGAGAAUGAAAUGGAAAAAUAUCAACAUCUGGACAGGAUGGAAGAAGUCCAUAGACAAGGGCAGCUCAAACAGAAAAAUGAUUUUGAUGCAGGAACUGAAAGUAUGAAUGAAUCACAGGAGAACCUUCUGAGGGUCAAACAGGAGCUGGAGAAGAGAAAAGUUGAGAUUGACAGCAGAGAAAAGCACUUAGGAGACCAGGAGCAGAACAUGAAAAAGAAGGUUCUGGAGUUAGAGCAGUGGGAGAAAUACCUGUACAACACAGAACUCAGACUAGUGAGUAAGUCUAAGGCUCCUGGGGCCAGAGGAUGGAGCAGGGACGCAGCAGAGCUAGAGAGGACAGAACAAGAGCUGAGCCAAGCAGAAAAAACUCUGGACGAUCUGCUGAAUGAGAGGAGAGAGAGAAAAGAGAACGGAGGACUUGAGGAGAAGGACAGUGAGGAGGAGGAGGAGGAGAAUAUCAAUAAAAUGAAUGGCACAGAGAUGGAGAGAAGAGAAACUGAGCUCAUCCACAAACUCACAGACAUGAAAAAUCGACUAGAGGAGCUCAUCUCUGGCCCUGGAGGAGAGGUGGAUGCCUGUAAUGACCUGAGUGAGGAGACACAGCUGGACACGGAGAGACAGUUGGAGACUAGUCAUGUGAGGCAGCCACAGGUCAACAGGACCAAGAGUCGUCCUGGAUCCACACUGGGAGUCAAGGUAAGGGCAAACAGCGAGGGAGAGGAUGAGAGCGACAGUGACUAUCACAAUGAAGACUACCACCAAUCUCACAGCUCUCUCAACAUCACACCGGAUCUUGUGCCCAGGGUCCCAGAGCUGAGGCUGGUGCUCCUAGGAGAGGCCUGGUCUUCACGGCACCCAGCUCGCCACAUCUUCCUGGGCCAGGACUUGGACGACACCAGGGCGCCCUGGAAGGGGCAGGUGGCCGACAGGAAGGUCAGCCUUGUGGAACCUUCCGGUCUCAAGUGGCGCUCAUGCAGGAUCCCAACGGCAGCACAGCACCGGGACGUCCUGCAGAGCAUCUCCCAGUCUCAGCCAGGCCCCCAUGUGUUCCUCCUCAUCAUACCGGCCUACCUGUCCUUCACACGGGCAUACCGGCACGCAGUGCAAGCCACGGUGGCAGCACUCGGGGAUGAGGCCUGGAGGCACAGCCUGGUGGUGCUCACCUGGGGGGAGGCUCUGGGGGAGAGCCCCCAGCAGCACCUCCUCAGGAACAGGGACCUCCAGUGGCUAGUGGGGAGGUGUGGGGGCAGGUACCAUGUUCUGGGCCAUGGUAAGCAGAGAUACAAGCAGGUGGCAGAGCUUCUGGAGAAGAUUGAGAGAAUGGUAGCGAGGAAUGGAUACAUGCAGCAGAGUGACUAGAGAGGAAGAGAUCAGAUGUGUGUGUGUGUGUGUGUGUGUGUGUGUGUGAGAGAGAGAGUGUGUUUGUGAUUGUAACUAAUAAGGUAUUGAUAAUACUGUAUAAAGGAACUAAUUACUUUUGGGCUUCCUCUAAAACAUAUGCACAAACACAAACAAUGCAGAGGUGUCAUAAUGUAUCAAAUAACCAUAUUCCAUCUUCACGUAUGCAUGCAUACAGUAUAUUCAUACUCCGCUGCGCGUCGGGGUCCGGUUCGCCCUGUCGGGACUUAUUUUCCCAAUAAUGACCGGCGUUCUAUACAUUAUCCCUUACAUAUAUGCAUUCAUAAAUAUAUUACAUUUGCAAAUGUCCUAUUUAUAACAGUACUUAACCCCAAUAAUAUCCAGUAAGGUAAAAUGUUGUGUCUUUUAGCUGUGUGUGUGGUAUUCAAUAUUCUGUGUAUAGUGUUAAAUUGUGACAAGGUUGUACCGUGUAGGCUACCAUCACAAAUAUGUACUUCCAAAGUCAAUCUAGACAUAAAUUUUUCA